UCAGACUGCCUCUCAAUGGUUUUACCUUGUUAUGUUUUUAUCACACUUCCAUUUGAGCAAGCGAAGAAGGUGGUUGGUUGAUCUCUGCGCUGCGGUUUCAGUGUAAUUGUGCUGAGUUUAAUUAUCAGUUUUUGAAUAAUUAGUUUUGUGCCGAGUUUAAUUGCAAGUUUGAUUUUUGUUCUGGAUUGCGGAUUCCUGGUGACCACUGCGGAAUCUUUUGGAGUUUUUGUGGAAUUGCUGGGGGCUUUGCCCAACGUGGAAAAUUUUCUCGCGCGAGUCCAAAACAUCUGAAAAGUUGGUUUACAUAAGUAUCUAUUGGAAUGCUUUGUCUACAGUCAAAUGAUAAAUAGUGUUAGUCAGUAAGCCAAAGUGCAGUCAGAUUUAGCCAGAUACCCUUAAUCGAAUGAGAAAUCAAUAAGCUGAGCUGAAAUACAUAAGGGCAAGAAAUAUAAAAUAAGAAGAAAAAAUCCUGUUAAAUCUACCAUAACGCCAGAGAAGCAGGCAAUAAUAUAAACAUGAGCGAUACACAUUCGAACAAGAAAAAAUACUAACACACACUUGACACAACCGAAGAAGCCCGUUGAAAUUUCUGAUCUCGCUAUUAUGUUUAGUUCAUAAGAAAUUGCGCUCUAACUGCUUAUUGGAGAAAUAGAGUUCAAAAACCUAUACUGCUUAAAAACGAUCGUAGAAUUUGAAAAAGCAAUUGCGCGAUGAUAAUAGUAUAAGCAACGCCAAUCACACAAGAAAGCUGUGUACAUCAUAUCCCUCCAAUAUAAACGCACAUUUUUACAAUCAAACAACAGCAACGAUUACAUCAAGGAAUUUACAAAAAUCGUCUGGUAUUGACCACACCACCACCACCUACUGCUAUAAAAGACAUACGCUUUUCAGAUUAUAUAAAAAAACAGCCGAGGAAAGCAGCAUCUGCAGUUAGUUAAACUUAUAAACAAUUUUCUAGCGCGGAGUGAUAAUAGAAAACCAAAAUUUUCCUGCACAAUACACUGCGGCGUAUAUAACGCGCAAAGAUAUCUACUUUGGACAGCUAUUUGUACAUUCGAAUCGCUUUGGAUUACUAAUCUUACCUAAUUUAAAUGGAACUAUUUCCUUGUCCAGCCCCUGCAGUAUAAAAACAUAUUUACACCAAAGAACUAUCUGUUUUAUCAAGUGCUGCUCGAUACCAAGCUUAGGUAAUCGCUUUUAUCUCGAGAGUAAAAACAUGACAUGGCUAUAAUGAAACACAUUUCUCAACAUCAUUUAGUGUGGAAACACAUUUACCUUCUUUAACGGGCCAGCGCCUACUAGAAGAUAUUCAUGAUUUGUAGGAGGCGUAUCAGAAACUGCACUUAACUCCUCUAAACACUGAAAGCGAGGAGAUAAGAUUGUCUCUUCAAUUUAAAUUAAAAGCUUAUUUAACCAGCCUUUAGACCGUUAUGAAUUAUUAGCAAUGCCAAUACCGCAACACAAGACAUCGCACAAAGUUAUAAAUGAGCGUGCCUGUGCGAAAUUCGAAACUCUCUGUAUAUGUGCUGCACCCAUAACUAGUAUUAAUGAAAAUGGUGAAAAAUUAUACCGUUCCAGUGAUGAUAAGUAUGUCAAAAAUAUCUCUAAAGACACGGAAUCAUCAGAAACCGAAAGCAAAUUUUUAGACGAGAAUACAUCGAAUGAGAGGCAACAAAACCUGACUUCUAUCAAUGUGAAGUCUGGUUGCGUUAACACAUCUUAUCUCGCAUCAGAUCGUGACCCUAAUAAUAAAAUCGUGGAAAUACAAACUUCGAAAAACACAUCUACGAAGGCAGCACAUAAAAUAAAAAGCGAAGAAACCAACAUUCAAGCUCAGCUAGGCUCAAGCACAAAUAUUUUAUCUUUAAGAUUAGCAUCGUCAUUGCCAAUCAAGAUUAUAAGUGGUAAUAGUGAUGAUAGUUUGCUAUUAAAAUCAAAUAAUCAAGGGUCUGCAGAACUAAAGAACAAUAAUUGCAUCAAUAGUAAUAAUUCGCGUACUUGUUUAAGUCUAAUUUCUAAUAACAACUUCACAACUCACAGUACUACUAACGGCAAUACAAUGGUUGGUGCACAAAAGAAAACUCAGCAACUGUCGUCUGCACAAACGCUUGAUGGUGUGCAGAAUGCAAGCAACCAUAAUUUUACGAUUGGCCAUGAUAGACAACAUGCGUUACUAGUUGAUGCCCCUGCGGCCGCGAUUCAAGGUACCACCAAAAGCAUUACGAAUCAAAGUGGCUUUAAAACUGCUGAUAAUCAUGUUCUCGAAUAUUCAACAGCGAAAAUGUCCGACAAUUUCAGCGGCGAUGUUAUCCCAAAUAACUCUCGGUCAAAAGAAGCUUGUACUUUUACAGAUGAUGCUGUUGUAAAGAUAAAAAGGGAUAACUUUGAUCUCAUAACUACUAUCAAAACUAAGAACCUGCCACAGAAUCAAUUUCUACGGAACUAUGACAUAAACAGUGAAAGUAGCCACUCAACUUCACUCGCUAUACAACAAGAAUUUAAAACGGAUUCGGAUAGUAGCGACAAUGCACUUCGCGUUCCCAUACCGUUAACAGCUAAUCUGAAUAUUUUGCAGCUGCAACAACAAACAGAUAAUAUCCCCAGACAUUUGGAUGAACAUCAGUUAACCAAUUAUACUAGUAAUGACUCAGGCACCCAAGAGAUCAAUGAACUGGAAAAGGGUUACACAUCAAAGUCACUUACAGCUUUGUCGUUGGCAAGGAUUAUCUCAACAGCUACAUCGCCAUCUUCUGCAAUGCCUACACCUAUAUCCUGUGCGCGCCCAGAUUGUAACAUACCCUUUAGUAUCACAACAAUAGCUACAACUUCUGCAGAAAGCAUUGUUUCAACGUUAAACCCGGGAACAACUACAAAGGAAAGCCAGUUGCACCAACCAUCGGAGGUAGCGGAAACAUUUUCAUUCCAUGAGCAAAUUAUUAUGUCAGGACAGCAAAAGUGUGCCUUGCAAGCGAAACCCAAACCUUUGGUUGUAUCCCCGCAACAAGUAAUGGUAUUAUAUAUGCAUAAAUUGACACCAUAUGAGCGCACAGAAAUACUAGCAUACCCGCAAAUAUAUUUCAUUGGUGCUAAUGCUAAGAAACGACCCGGUAUAUUCGGUCCAAAUAAUUCCGAUUAUGAUAACGAUCAAGGUGCAUACAUACAUAUACCACACGAUCACGUGGCCUAUCGCUAUGAAAUGCUUAAGGUGAUAGGUAAGGGCAGCUUUGGACAAGUUAUCAAGGCUUACGAUCACAAGACACAUGAACAUGUCGCGCUGAAGAUGGUAAGGAAUGAGAAGCGUUUUCAUCGACAAGCACAAGAAGAAAUACGCAUUCUGCACCAUUUGCGGCGACAAGACAAAUAUAAUACAAUGAAUAUAAUUCAUAUGUUUGAUUAUUUCACAUUUCGCAAUCAUAUGUGUAUUACUUUUGAAUUACUCAAUAUAAAUUUAUACGAGUUAAUAAAAAAGAAUGGCUUUAAAGGAUUCAGCCUUCAACUUGUAAGAAAAUUCGCUCACUCACUGCUGCAAUGCUUGGAUGCGUUAUAUAAGAAUGAGAUUAUUCACUGCGAUAUGAAACCAGAAAAUGUUUUACUGAAACAGCAGGGCCGUUCUGGUAUAAAGGUGAUCGACUUUGGUUCAUCGUGCUAUGAAAGUCAACGUGUCUACACCUAUAUCCAGUCGCGUUUCUACCGCGCACCUGAAGUUAUACUUGGAUCUAAAUACGGACGUGCGAUCGAUAUGUGGUCAUUGGGUUGCAUCUUAGCUGAAUUGCUUUCUGGCCAUGCUCUAUUCCCUGGAGAAAACGAAAGUGAUCAAUUGGCAUGCAUAAUAGAAGUGCUAGGAAUGCCUAACAAAAACUUGCUAACCAAUGCUAAACGCGCCAAAGCUUUUUUUAAUCCAAAGGGUUUUCCAAGGUACUGCACUGUACGCACUAUGACCGAUGGUACAGUCGUAUUAAUAGGUGGCCAAUCGCGUAGAGGAAAGCCACGUGGACCACCAUGCUCCAAAAGUCUGUCAAAAGCUUUAGAUGGUUGCAAAGAUGCGUUGUUCUUAAAUUUCAUUAGAGGUUGUCUGGAAUGGGAUGCAGAAAAACGAUUGACGCCUGCAGAAGCGCUUAAGCAUCCUUGGUUGCGGCGCCGCCUUCCGAGGCCACCAAACUGCGCAAAUUGUCCUAGCGAAAGAGAGAACAUGGGCAGCAACGGUGGCAGUAAUAGUAAGAGUGCUACCGGCGAUCGCACACCAAUAAUUGAGAAAAAUCAAAAAA